CCCGCCAGCGCCGCGCCCUCCCGGAGCCCCGCCGGGAGCGGAGCAGCGCCCAGGGCCGGGCGGUGCGCGGCGGUAUGAGGGGCCGCUGAGGCGAGGAGCGGUGAAGAGCCUGCCCCGGUCAUGGGAAAGCAGCGGGAAGAGGACAGCGAGGGGCCGGGGAUAGGUUUUCAUCCAGAGUCGGCAGAGUCGAGUUCCCUUUUGCAGACAGCGGUUUCAGUGCUGCAGAGGUCCUACUUGGACUCUACAUCUCAGGAUGGUUUUCAGUACAGCCAAGCAACUCUGGUGGAAAAUGAUGUUUUCCUAAGUGAGCUCAAAGCUUUUGCCCAAGCAAAGGAAGCUGCCGGCUACAGCCAGGAGGAGCUGGAGGAGACCUUUGCAUUUCUCCUGUUUGAUAAUGAAGAUGAGGCAAAAGAGGUGUGUCAGACUGGCCUGCGUGUGAACAGCAGCUCUAUUUCCAUGCUUGGUGACCCAGCAAAAGGGGUUUAUAUUUCCAAGUAUGCAGAUUGUCUUCAUCCCAGGCCCUGGCACCAUGGAAAAUCAGGCUAUAUUGUCAUCUGCAAGCUGAUAAAGGGGAAGGUGAAAGUGGUAUCUGAGAACCACACAACCAGCUACACCUGCCCAUCUCCCGGCUACGACUGCCACGUCGCUGUGAGCAGAAGCAACCUCCCCUCAAAGACCAGCCACGGCCAGGCCUUUGCUCAGAGCCAGUAUUACGUGUACGAGGUGUCUGAUGGCAGCACAGCUGAGCGGCCCAGGCAGAUCUGCCCCUACAUAGUCAUCACCUGCCAGUACAGGAAGCCCAAGGAAAUGUCCAUCUUAGCUGGAGAGAACCUCCCUGAGCCUAAUCACAAAGCAUUGUACUGUCCAUGGAGGGGGCAGCUGUCUAUCCAGGGUCAGAUUUUGUGCAACAUUUCCCUGAGGACCCCAUACAGCUCCACCAUUCCAGCUCGGCUGCCUCCCAGCUUGGACAUCAACUAUGUCAUGGGUUUGUCUGACUUGAAGAAAAAGCUACCAGCAGCUGCAUUUGGGAAAGGAAAUUAUGUUGAGAAUGAAGUCUGCUUUCAGGGUAUUUACUUCAGCCUCUAUGAAGUUGAAAUCUCAAAUAAGGAUCAAUAUAAAAUGGAUCAGUUAGUCAGGACUCUGAAGGAGAAGGACUUGGCAAUCAUCAAAUAUUUACAGGACCAGGGAGUCCUUAUCCUCCUCACGUCUUCUGCCUUGGCACGAGAUGAUGGGUUUGACCCCACGGAGCCCAUCAGCCUCCUGGCUCUGUUUCUGUUCGCCUCAUCACGAUCGCUGUGUCUGAGAGCUGGAAAGCAGGAUCUUAAAGAUGAAAGGGAAGGUCGUGAUGAUGGCAACAUCUCUUUGAAGAUAGCCUCAGUCUUGCCAGGACUUCGCUAUGCAUUACAGAAAGCUACCAGUUCUUCGUGUGGGGACAGAGCUGCUACCAACACCUGUAUCAAACAGCACUUCCAGGAGUACACAAAGCUCAGUCAAAAUGCAAAGCCCACCUCUGGCCAGAGCAAUGAGGUUCCUCUUUCUUCUCUCCUCCCACCAACUGAGGAUGAAUGGACUAAUCCCUUCAGGAAACACCCUGGGCAGUCCUUCUCCCAGCUCCAGCAUUACCUCUCUGACCCCAGCAGCUACACUCUGGAAUUGUCAGCUGUUUUAGGAUGUUUGACUGAUGCUGCUCAGUCUCUUUCCUACCAUUCAGAGACAGAUUGUAAAAUGGACUUCUCUUCAGCUGGGCCACCAAGCUCUGUUCCUCUCAACACAGCAGCAGAAACAAAAGCCAGGAGUGAAAAUUCAACAGUGGGCCUGGAGCAGAGUGGAGAAGGACCCACAAAAGAUGUCACCCCAGCCAGCAAGCUGUGGGUACAGCAGAGCAGGAGGAAAUCCAGCAGAGCUGUUGUGACCAGCACCAGGAAGAAAUGGUCACCCCUCAAGAUGCAAAUGCAUCCUCUGGGGGACAGUAGCAGGAACAGGAAAGCAACCAGGAAGAAGCUCAAUAUGGCUUUUCCUAAAAAAACAGGGAACAUGACCAGUUCCAGUGAGCCCAUGCUUAAGUUAGCCAAUCUGCAGUCUCCACACAAAAGGAAAAGAGGUGCAGAGGUCCUGUCUGCAGAAUUUGUGCACAAAACACACUCUGAACCUCUUCAGAAGGAAACUUCAGCCCCCAGUGAUCCUGGCUUGGAAGCAAAGAGACAAAAGGCACAGAAGAACCCAGCUGUCAAAAGGGUGGCUGAGACCCUUAGGAAGGCAGAGAAAAGCAAGGGGGUGAAAAGUGUCACCAAUGGCCCUUGGAAAGCUCCAGCUAAAAAGCAAGGAGAAAGUGAGUGGAAGGAGCCAUCUGUCCUCCCAAGUGAUGCUUCUUCCCCACACCAAGCAGCAGACAGCCGAGACAGCGAGAGUCGCCCAGGCGGAGUUGCUGAUCUUGGUUUCCAUCCAAAAGGGAAUGACUUUGAGUCCCACGCCUUGAACUUGUUGGCUGAUCUGGCUCUGGGUUCCUGUAUCCCUUCAUUUAUCCCCAGGGACAAUGAGAGGAUGACUGCGCCCCCCAGCGACCCCCUAAAGGAGCAGCAGCGUCAGCGCAAGCACAAAUCCUUGCGUGUUGCUUCCGACCACGAAUACCACAGGGUAGAGAAGCUUGCAAAGGGAGUCGCCUCUCCUAGCACAGCUUCACCCAACCACAGCCUUCCUCCUGCUGAAAAAACAGACUUAAAGGACUUGGCCUCUGUUCCCAGUGAGAAGAGCUCUGGGAUUUUCAGCAGGAAGAACGUGGUGAGCCCCAGCCCCUCCAAACCUCACUCUUUGCCUCCAAAACCUCACCCAUUGCCUCCGGGAGAGGCUCGAGAAGCUGCCGAGGUGAACAAGCACUCCUUCAUCUCUGUCGAGCACUCCUAUGCCUCACAGAUGCCCGAGCACUCAAGGAAACAUCUGCAGCCCAGAGGUGCCCCCUACCCUGGCCCAGCACCCUCCAGAAAUGAGACUAGACACGGCCAAGCAGGACCUCUGGUUGGCAAGGUCCUACCUUUCCGGCACCAGCAUAACAGCAGCCACUCGCCGCGGCCCUUCCAGGCUGUGGCAGUGAGGCACAGGAGCAGCCUGCUGACCCCCAGGUUGAGAGAGGACUUCACCAAGUCCCACACAGUCAACAUCUGUGGUGAGUCCAUGAAGGUGACAUGCCACUGGGAGGCAGAGUACCUCUUCAAUUUGGACAGCAGGUACACCAAUGAUGCCCUGGAGAAAACUGUCAUCCGUGCCCUGCAUGGGCCCUGGGACCCUGAUCUGCCUGAUGAUAUGGAAGAAAUGAAGCUGAUACUUCAUAUGUGGGUAGCUCUCUUCUACAGCAAGCCCAGCCAGCUCCUGAGCAGCACCAGGAAGGUGGUGGAGCACAGCAACCCCGAGAAGUACGUCUCAAUAAACAGCACUGGGGAGUUCCUGGAGCUGAGUGACGAUGGUGAGGACUGGUUUGGGUUGGAGACCUGCCCUGCAGACUCUCAGGCAGACCCUGACCAGACUCCCAGCAGCUCUCUGGAUCGCAGCACACGUGGCCAGGGACCUUGCCACCCAGAGCAGAGCCCUGCAGACUCUCAGACUGAUGCUGAUGGGACUCCUGGCGGUGUCGAUAGUACGGUAUCAUCUUCUUCAGGGGAGCUGCCCUGUGAGGAGGAGCAGGAGAAGCCUUCCUCCACAAGCUGUCCUGAGAGCCUUUCGCUCGCUGAGCGUGCUGAGGGCCUAGCUGUGAAAGACAGGCAGCCAGUGGUCAUUCCUGAGGAGCAGGAGCAUGACAUCUCAACCGUCACUGAGGAGGAGCAGCCCAAGGAAGGUUUGCUGGAUGCCACCAUCACCCCCAGGGCUCCUGAUGAGCUCAGCAGUGCUGGCAAGCCUCCAGUUGCACUGGGCAGAGAAGAACCUCACAGCCAAGCCCCGAAUUCCAGUACAGCUCCCUGGAAUGAUGCAUGUGGAGAGCAGCAGGAGAGCAGGUGGGCAGCAGGAGCAGGGGGUUGUGCCAACCCUCCUGAGGAUGUGGAGAGCAUGGAAGAUGCUGGGCACUGUAUGGAGAUUGAGGACAGCAGCAGUGCCACCAGCAACGGCCAAGAGUGUGUCUGUGAUGCGCUGCCCUUAGAAGUUAGUCCCACACGUGCAGAGCCUGAUGGAACCAGUGCUGGGGACAGGAGGUUACAAGACCCUUUUAGGCAUCCUGAAAAAGAGGAGGAAGAGAUGGAGGAGGGAAAAGAAGAGAAAGAGGACUCUGAAUGUGCAAGCACAGUCCUGGAGCCUGCUGGCUUGGUGUUUUCUCAGAGCAGUGAUGCCCCCGUGGAGCAUGGACACGGCGAGCAGAAACCAGCACAGCUGGCACAUCUCAAGGACCUUGAUGUUCCUGAAGAGGGCCCCCUGCCCACCCUCCCAGCCUCAGCAUCUCCCUGCUCAGGCAGAUCAGUGCCAGCACUGUCAGAUGGGACUGGGACUGGCCCUCAAGGGCUUCCUGGUGAGAUGGCACCAAGCCUGACCGCACUCCAAGAGCCCUGGGAGGCCUUAGGUGUGGCCACAAAAGGUUCUGGUUUGGCACAUGCAGCCAGUCCAGCCGCUGCGGAGUCACCUUGUGGCAAGGGACUGCUGCUGUUGCCAUCCGAUCCAAGCCUCCUCUGUGGGGCACAGCCAGACAGCAUUGCAGGUAGCCUGGGACCUGCUGGGGAGCCCUUGGGGGCUGGCUUGGAGCGGCAGGACGAGAGCGCUGCGCCCUCUGCGGGCAGGUGGACGCCUGCGGGGAGCACAGCUGCUGUCCCGGCUGGCCUGAGCUCGCUGUGCGCCCAGGGGCUGGCGCAGACCUUGGCCCCGGACUCCAGCAGCUCUGUCUGCCCGCUGGCUCUCGAUGGAGCAGCAGAUCCUGGAGCUGCUCCAGAGAGCCAGGAGGUCACGGCAGACAUCCAGUCUCCAGCACAGAGUGACCCGGGAGGGAGCAGCUGCUUCUCCCAGGAGCAUGGAGGUGACGUUUGUGCUGACCUCGCUUUGCUGAGUGCUGGGGAAGCAAACCAAGAAGGGAAGAAAGCUUCUGUGGGAGGAGAGUGUAGCAGCCCCUCUGCCCACCACACUGAUGUCCUGGAUGGGUCUUCAGGGGCAGGUGGUGGCCAGGCUUUGGGCUUCCUGCACUCUACAGCCUUAGCAGGUGGCUCUGAAGCUGGAGAGAGCAAUUAUGUGUCCCUCAGUGCAGAGAAGACUCCCAAGAACAACAAAACAACCACAAAGCUGAUGGCUAACACACUGCAGGAGCCAGAGAGCUCUCUGCCACACCUCCUGCAAUCAGAACCCUCCUCCUUGGCAGAGGAGAUGUCUGCCAUGAAGGAGCACCCCAGGCAGCAGCAGGGCUCCCCAGACCCUGUUCACAGACACUCAGCUCCCGCUUCUCCCUCACAGCAGGUCCCUCCUCCCUGUGGAGGAGAUGCAGAUCCCCAUCACCACUCAGAACAAAGGCAGCAGGGUCCCAUCCUGUGUCAGCAUGAGAAGUCCUCUGAGCAAGUAGGUGCUGCAGGGGUGAGCAUGGCUGCUGAAGGCUCAGGUGGUUCCUUAAAGCCCAAAAGUGCAGAGGAGGUGAAAAAGGACAAGGGUUCAUGCCAGGCAGAGCCAGUGGAGAGCUCCCCUCUGGAUGUGUCCAUGCCAGGCAACCCAGGAUUGAUGCCUCCUUACCCUCCUCAUGCUCACAAGGAAGGUCAGCACAGCAUCCAGCCAGGCUCAGUCCUUGGGGGGCACCCUGAGGUGUGCUCCCCCAGUGUGAUCCUGGCUCUGAAUGGUGCCCCAUGGUCCUGGUGCAUAGGACAGCUGCCAGCAGGUGCCUGCUCUGUGUGUGCCAGCCCUGAGGGCCAAAGAGGGAGCCUUAAGAAGGAACCCAUCCUGCCUGAGGAUGCAGAAGAAGGAGGCAGCAUCCCUCUUGCCAGUCUUCCAUCUCUAGAGGAGCCACCGAGUGAGCCCCAGUCUGCGUGCAGCCAGGGCGAGCACAGGGCUGAGGGAGCCAACAUGUUUGCUGAUCCACACCAUGCCAGCAUGGAGGUGGGGGAGGGGGAAGUCCCCACUGUCCCCUUCCCAAUGCAGGCCUUGGAUGUGCAGAGGGAACUCUCUGGAGAAAGCCUGGAGCUUCCUGAUCCUGAGGACACUUCAGAUGCGCUCCCGAGGCCAAGGCAGCUCCUCAGUGGCACAGACCCACAGGUGGGCUUGGGCUCUGCAGACCUGUUUGGGUCUACAUCCAGCAACUCAGACCAGGAGUACUCUGAGGGAACUUCACAAUCCCUGCUUACAGCCCGAGGUUCCUACAGCAGGAGGUCCAUGGAUGCUGCAGGCAUGAGGACUAACUGUGACGACUCCUCCAGGAGCUCAGUGUGCACAGAGGGCCCCAGCGAGGACUGGAGCUCGCUGGACGCGGAGCAGGACGGCUCAUGGGCUGAGGAGGACUGGCCCAGCAGCCCAGGGGAAAGCAGCAGUGGGCACAUCCCACCCUAUGUCAGUAUUAGGGACAGCCAGGGAGUCACCAAGGACUACCAGAACUUCGUGGUGACCAAGUGGUGCCAGGAGAGGGUGGGGAAUGUGCAGGCUUCGGAGAGGUGCAGCCACUGUGUGGGGCAGGCUCCUUUGCUACGGGCGCUGGCGGGCACAGGGAGGGGUGUGAAGGAGGUCACCCAGCACACUCUGGACAUGGAGUGUCUCCGUUUCCAUGAUAAGCUAAACCAAGUCCUGAGGAGUGGGCAGCCACCCUUCUCUACCUCCAAAGCCAGCUUUCCUCAAGACUCCUCUGCUCAGGUGGUGUCUGAGACAUGGCCUGUGCCAGAAGCCCCCAUCUCAGCCUCCCCACGCAGCAGGAGCCCUUUGCAGGUGACAAUCCUGCCCUCGAACACGUGGCCCAGCAGGCACAGCUGGCCCCGGCGAAGAGGCUGGCGUGGGGACACCUGUGCCCUGUGCCAGGACACCCUCUGCCAGGAAAGGAGCAGGCCCAGGUCCCACACUUCCAUCCAGGACCACGCAGCUCCUUUCCACCUCAACAAGCUCAGAUACAACAGUGAGCUGCAGGACUCGCGGGGGGACAUCACCCUCAUCCUCGAUGAGUAUGCAGAGCUCAACAGGGUGAUGCUGGGCAGGGCUGAGGUGGGGAGUGAGGACAGAGAGACAGUCCCAGCCCGCAGGGAGGCCACCAGCAAGUGGACAGACACAUCCCUGCCUGGGAGGAUGGCAGCCUGCGAGGAGCUGAUCGCGGAGCUGUGCAGCGCCCUGCGGUUCCGCCUGCACAGCCUGGCCAAGGAGGCCUGCGGCCACGCGGGGAUGUUCUACCUGGUGGAGACGAGUGAAGAUCCCUUCUUUGCUCGAGUCAAGACCUUGCUGAAGAAAAGUGGCCACGUGGAGAUGGAACCUCUGAGCUUCUGUGAAGGAAACCACCCAGAGGCUGACAAGCUGCUCAUCGUCAUCAGGAACGAGGACAUCUCCUCACACCUCCACAAUGUGCCAUGCUUGCUGAAGCUGAAGCACUGUCCAAACGUGGUCUUUGCUGGGGUGGACAGCCCUGAGGAUCUCACUGGUCACAUCUACCAGGAGCUGUUUCAUGCUGGGGGCUUCGUGGUGUCAGACAAGGAGGUGUUGGAAACGGUGACGCUGGGCCAACUGAAAGAGGUGGUGGAGGUGCUGGAGAAGCUGAACAGAAGUGGGAGGUGGAAGUGGCUCCUUCACUACAAGGAGAGCAAGAAGCUCAGAGAAGAUGGCAGCAGGGUGGACACUAAUGCCCACAAGAAGCAUUUGAUCCUCAGAUCAUGCCAAGGAGCUGAUCUCAUCGAGGUGCUGCACUUCCACACCUGUGACUCUGCAGAGUGUCCCAGCUCUGAGUACCUGAGGUGCUUGUUGAACCUGCAGGUGCAGCACAUCGGGGCCAGGUUCGCCGUGUACCUCACAGAGAAGCCCAACUGCAGCAGGGAGCUCCUGGAAAGCAGAGGAAUCCUGGUGGCUGACGUCAGCACUUUCCUUGGGACACUGCAGAAGGUGGCUGCUCCGUUUAGACGAAGCUACUGGUGAUGCAGCAAGGCUACAGCUCAGCUCCUCCCCAGGCCCCACACCAGCAGUUUGGGCAUCUUGGUCCUCUGCAGGACAACCCUACCUACUGUCCUGCUGGGCUGAGGUGCUGCACACAGGAGCCCUGCAGAGAUCUGGUGGCAGUGGGAAGGGUUGGCUCUUGCUCUGUACAUAGGAACUGUUUGGAGGUGGCCAGCACAGCUGCUGCUGGAGCUCUGGUGCUGCCUGCAGGGCAGAGGCUCCCUCAGCCUUAGGCUUUUGUGUUGCUGCCUUGGCUUUAGCUGAUUUACUGGAGAGGAGACAAUAAUAAGGAAAAUCAAAGCCUUUUACUUGAAGGUGAGGAGCAACCCAGGGCCACAGCCCCAGCUGCAUUCCUCACUGCAGAGGGGACAUGGCUGUGAGCCGUGGGGGUAGGGAACCUCCACUCUAGGCUUGAAGCUGCUCCUGUUCCCUCUUGGUACGAUGUUUGCUGCUGGGAGGACUGGAGAGCAAGCCCAGUGCCUGGAAGCUCUGUAAAUAGCCAGAUGCCAGGACAUAGGAACAAAAAAGCUCUUUAUUUAUGGUAGCUCUGGUAAACAGGCACCCAGAAGAUGACCUCUGUAAGCUAAGCCACAUGUCUGGGUGUGUAGGACAUGGUUCUCCCCUUUUUGGUCCUCUCUCUCUCUCUUUUUUUAAUAAAAGAAUGCAAGAA